AUGUCAAACGAAGACGGUGACCGCGCCCAGCGCGAUGUCAAGAACCAUGUUCUGUUCGAGAUCGCUACUGAGGUUGCUCACCGAGUUGGUGGUAUCUACUCCGUCAUCAAGUCCAAAGCUCCAGUAACGACAGCCGAGUAUGGCGAGCGAUACACCCUCAUCGGUCCUCUCAACCACCAAUCCGCUGCUGUCGAGGUCGAGGAGCUCGAGCCCACCAUUCCAGAACUGGCUGCUACGAUCCAGUCCAUGCGAGACCGUGGCAUCGGUAUACUGUACGGACGCUGGCUGAUCGAAGGCGCACCCCGAGUUAUUCUCAUCGAUACCAAGACUGCCUACAAAUACAUGGAUGAGUGGAAGUCGGACCUGUGGAAUAUUGCCUCGAUCCCCUCCCCUCCUGGUGAUGACGAGACGAACGAAGCUAUUGUCUUUGGCUACCUUGUUGCGUGGUUCCUCGGCGAGUAUGUGAGCCACGAGAAAACGAGAGCUGUCAUUGCCCACUUUCACGAGUGGCUCGCCGGUGUCGCCCUGCCACUGACCAAGAAGCGCCGCAUCGACGUGACCACCAUCUUUACGACUCACGCAACACUGCUUGGCAGAUACCUUUGCGCAGGCUCCGUUGACUUCUACAACAACCUGCAGUGGUUCGAUGUCGACUCCGAGGCUGGCAAGCGAGGCAUCUACCACAGGUACUGCAUAGAACGAGCUGCAGCCCACGCCUGCGAUGUCUUCACCACUGUCUCACACAUCACGGCCUAUGAGAGCGAGCACCUGUUGAAGCGCAAGCCUGACGGCGUGCUUCCGAACGGUCUCAAUGUCACCAAGUUCUCCGCCGUCCACGAGUUCCAGAACCUCCACCAACAGUCCAAAGAGAAGAUCCACGACUUUGUCAGAGGUCAUUUCUACGGCCACUAUGACUUCGAUCCGGAGAACACACUCUAUCUCUUCACAGCCGGUCGAUACGAAUUCAGAAACAAGGGCGUGGACAUGUUCAUUGAGUCUCUGGCGCGUCUGAACCAUCGUCUGAAGGUCUCUGGCAGCAAGACAACGGUUGUGGCUUUCAUCAUCAUGCCGGCUCAGACCACCUCCCUGACAGUGGAGGCGCUGAAGGGCCAGGCUGUGAUCAAGUCACUCCGGGACACCGUCGACAUCAUCGAGAAGAGUAUUGGACGCCGCGUCUUCGAGCGAUCGCUGAAGUGGCACGACGGAGACCCAUUGCCGGACGAGAAGGAGCUCAUCACCCCCCAGGAUCGCGUUCUUCUCCGUCGGCGCUUGUUCGCCAUGAAGAGACAUGGACUGCCGCCAAUUGUGACACACAACAUGGUCAACGACGCCGAAGACCCGGUUCUAAACCAGAUCCGCCGGGUGCAGCUCUUCAACGCUCCUUCCGAUAGGGUCAAGGUGAUCUUCCACCCAGAGUUCCUGAACUCUGCGAACCCUGUCCUCCCGAUGGAUUAUGACGAUUUCGUCCGGGGCACGCAUCUUGGCGUCUUCUCGUCGUACUACGAGCCAUGGGGAUACACCCCCGCCGAGUGCACUGUCAUGGGUGUGCCAAGCAUCACGACCAAUUUGUCCGGUUUUGGCUGCUACAUGGAGGAGCUCAUUGAGAACUCGAGCGACUACGGUAUCUACAUUGUAGACCGCAGGAACAAAGGCGUGGACGACUCUGUGAACCAGCUGACGUCCUUUAUGUUCGACUUUGCCCUCAAGAGUCGGAGACAGCGUAUCAACCAGCGAAACCGUACGGAGCGUCUGAGUGACCUGCUCGAUUGGAAGAGAAUGGGCAUGGAGUACGUCAAGGCUCGGCAGCUUGCCCUGCGUCGUGCAUACCCCAACUCGUUUGAGGGUGACAUCGAGGACGACGACUACAUCCCCGGUGUGGAGCAGAAGAUCUCGCGACCAUUCUCUGUUCCCGGAUCCCCACGCGAUAGGGCCGGUAUGAUGACGCCUGGCGACUUUGCUAGCAUACAGGAAGGCCAUGAGGGUCUUAGCACCGAGGAUUACGUGGCCUGGAAGUUGCCUGAGGAGGAAGACCCCGACGAGUACGCCUUCCCUCUGACCCUGCGGACGAAGCGAAAUGGCCCAGGAAGCCCCCUGGAUGGUGUGCAGCUGAACGGAGGAAGCUAG